AUGGCCCGAAGCUGUAGAGAAGAGAAUUUAAAAACUUCGAUGAACGAACGCUACAGGACAAACACGCGGAAAACGAUGAGGCAGAAAAUGAUAGCGGAAACAAUAAAAACCAAUGAAGGAACAAGAUAUUGUGAAUCGUCUUGCAUUGCUUCCAGUGAGCUUUCAACCACUGAUUCUAAGGUGCAGGUCAUCCGUUUGGGCGGACACAUCAUUCCAACUUAUAACUUGGCCAAGCAUCUGGGAGCCAAGGGUCUCCUUGUGACCGUGGUUUGCACCCAUGAUUGCUACGCCCGCAUUAUCAAAGCCAAUAAUGGCCGCGACCCUUUCGCCCAUAACGCCCACCAUAUUCGUUUGACACUUGUGUCCGAUGGAUUGCCUCAAGACUUUGACAGAUCUCUCAAUCACCAUGACUUCAACUAUUACCGCAUAGCCAAGAAAUUUGGGAUUCCACACGUUUCCUCUGACGUGCAAGACAUACUGCCAGAAGGGUUUAUGGAAGACAGCAAAGAGCAGGGUUUGGUUGUUGAGUGGGUGUCUCAGCUGGAUGUUUUAUCCCAUUCUUCUGUGGGUGGGUUUCUCACCCACUGCGGGUGGAAUUCCAUCAUGCAGAGUCUCUGGUUGGGAGUUCCCAUGCUCGCAUUUCCUCUGGUUACAGACCAGUAUACCAAUUGCAGGCUCAUUGUCCAUGAAUGGGAGGUGGCCAUGAGUCUGGGUCAAAUUUCUAGGAGUUCUAAUAACAUGAGAUCCACUCUAGUGACCCGCCAGGAGAUUGCAGUCACCGUAGCAGAAUUUAUGGAAAUAGGAGGACAAAAGGGGAAAAAACUUAGGAGUAAUGUUGGGAGUGUUAGAGAAGUUAUGAAGAAAGCAGCAAUGAAUGGAGGUUCGUCUCAGAACAAUUUGGAAGGCUUUAUAUACUAUCUGAAAGAGAGAGAACAGAGCCGCUCUCCUUCACAGCUUGAGUCUCACAUAUGA